CCAGGAAAGAGGGAGAGGAAACGGACGGGUUUGGACUGCUCAGUCAGGCUGGGCAUACAACUACAAGACUAAUGACUGAAGAGAGCUGGCUGGGGAGAAAGACAGAUAGAGGCAGGGAGAGAGAAACAUAAAGAGAAAGACUGCCUUCCAUUGGCCUACAAGACCACAGAGCUGGACUAGGGAAAAUAAAGGUAGAACGAGAGAGUGACAGGAGACAGACAGAUUGAGGGAGCGAGAGAGAAACAUAAAGAGAAAGAGAGAGAAGACUUCAUUUUCCAUUGUCCUCUUCUGGACUUGGGAAGAGAAGAGUGACCGAAAGAGAAGAAAAGGAGAAAGGGAUUUUCCUGUGAGUUGGACACGUUCUGAGGCCUAUUGUGGGCUGGUACCUGGUUGUGGGGUGGACAUGGGCCAGUUUCUGACGGGUCUAGGACUACUGCUCUGCUGUUCCCUCUCCUCCCCUCAGAGACUGGCUCCCUCAGGGAGAAAUGUCUGCCAGGACCCCAGGAAUCCUUCCACUCUUGUCUGUUGCACUGGAUGGAGACAACAGAGAGAGGAGUGUACUUUACCUGUGUGUGAUGGUGAGCAGGCCUGCCAGCAGGAUGAGGUGUGUAUAUACCCGGGCGUCUGUCGCUGUCGCCCUGGCUACUAUGGAGCCCACUGCAAGACACGCUGCCCUCCAGAGUUCUGGGCACCGGACUGCCGUGAGCUGUGCAAGUGCCACCCUCACGGGCGCUGUGACCCGAUCACGGGCAAGUGUACGUGCCUCUCCAACCGCUGGGGGCCACUCUGCCAGAACACCUGCAAAUGUGGCCGUCAUGGACACUGCCACCCCGUACACGGCAACUGCACCUGCGACGAGGGCUGGUGGACACCCACCUGUACCAAGCAGUGCCAGUGCUACCCAGGCACCUCCACCUGCGACCCACUGACCGGCAGGUGUCAGUGUGCCCCGGAUUACUGGGGUCAGAAGUGCAGUCUUCGAUGUAGCUGCUACAUAUCAUCCUGCCAACAGAAGACGGGGGCGUGCGAAUGCCAGAAUGGGUGGUGGGGUCCGACGUGUGACCGCCGCUGUAACUGUGACCUGGAGCACAGCGAGUGUAAUGCCGUCAGCGGGGAGUGUGUAUGUCAGUCUGGGUACAAGGGAGCCUUCUGUAACGAACCGUGUGGACCUGGGGAGUAUGGCAGUGGCUGUAAACUGAGCUGUGGCCACUGUGAAGGAGGCCAGUCGUGCUCUGUGGUUGAUGGUGUCUGUACGGCCUGUGAGCCUGGGUGGAAUGGCACACACUGUGACCGUCUGUGCCCGCAUGGUUACCAUGGAAACCACUGCCAGGAGGCGUGCCCACGCUGCAGGAACGGUGAACCAUGUGACCCCAGGACGGGGGCGUGUUCACGAUGUGACCCAGGAUGGACCAAACCCAGCUGUGACGAGCCGUGCUCUAACAGGACAUUCGGGGACGCCUGCCGCUCCCUGUGCAGCCCCUGUUUCCAUGGCCACUGUGAUCACGUGACAGGAAGUUGUGUCUGUGGGCCUGGGUUCCAGGGACGGAGUUGUAACAUCACCUGUCCAGAUCAGCUGUAUGGCUUUAACUGUUCCUCUGUCUGUGACUGUGGAGAGGGAACCGCCUGUCACCCAGCAACGGGGGCGUGUCCAUACAGUGGUCACAGGGCUCUGAUCACUGGUCUCCUGGUCCCUCUGCUCUUGGUGCUGCUGGGUCUGGUCUGCUGCUGCUGCUGCUGUGGAGGACCUACUGACGGCAAAGACAGGGUAGCAGUGGGUGACGGUGGUACCUCUGUCCGUAUGAAGCAUCAUGUGUAUAACGUCCUGGCCAACGUGAGCUCUGCUGUACCCUGUAUCUCUGUCUGGUCCUCUGGGCUACCCAGAGUCACAGUGUCACACCACGACCCUGAGCUGACGUUCAACCACAGCUUCAUAGAGCCUCCCUCCUCAGGCUGGGUGACGGAGGGAUCUUUCUUCGACAGUGAUGAGGAGACCGGAGAGGUGCUCUACUGUGUCCCCCCCAGAGAAGACAUCCCUGCAGUUGCAGGCGGUGAGUUCCAGGAGUUCCAGCACGAGAUGAGUUCUAAGUGUAACAUGUUCCCCGACCCCUCUGCCUUCAGUAUUAGUGCAGAAGACAUGUCCCUCCCCUUUGGCAUCCCCCGCACCUCCAGCAACGCCAAGUCCAAAUGCCCCUCCGUCUCCUUCGCCGAAGGCACCAGGUUCAGUCCCAAGGAGCGCCGAGGCUCUGCCCAAGAUUUGACAACCGGGGCACCCCGCACCAAACACAAGUCCCCCUGGGGGGUCCUGAUGCUGUCAGCCCUCCAGGCCCAGGGAGGGAAUGCCUCAGAGGGGGAAGAGACGGAGGGGGGGGUGGAUGGAUGUGGAUGUGGAGGUGGGACUGGACCAUUAGAAGACCCAGAAUCCAGUGGUGAAGCAGGGGACCCCGAUGUGGACAGGUGGACUGCUACCCCGACCCGAGCCAUGUCUACCCUGCAGGUGCCUGGAGCAGUGGUAGGACGCACCAUAUCCAACGCUGCUGUUCCCAGAAAGGGAGGGCAAACACCAGGGUCCAAAUCCGAUGGCCAGCAGGCAGAGAUGGACAAAGUGACCACAGUGUAUGUGACAGUGGGGAAGGCGGGGGUGGGGAGGCCCCUGUCUAAACUAGAGCUCCCCAGCUUGGAGAGCCCGGUACAGGCCAUGCUACGUAGGCUAGGCAGCCUCCAGAGACACAAAGACCAGGAGGUGGGAACUAAGCCCAAGGGGAAGAGCCCGGGGGCGGAGGGGAUCAUCAAGCCCCCCAGGAGGAAGCUGGGGACUAGGGCCAGUGUGUGGGAGCAGGGGGCUCCCCCACCCUCGGGGGUGGAGGGUGCUGUAGGGGAAGGCGUAUCUAUGAGAAAACCCAGUAGGAGGAAACAGCACGCCCACCAUAGCUCCCCUGCUGUCAUGGGAAACACAGACGCUGGCACUAACACUCAACCCCCACCAGAGGACACCCCUGCCACCGUUACGCCCAAGAGGCCCCUGUCCUCCAUUUUGAAAAGCGUGCCAGAGGUCGCUGGGUCAGAGGUUAGGGGUGAAAGGUCAGGGGUAAGGCGAGAGAACGGCGACCCUGGGAUGCAGACUGAUAGUGGAUAUCGAACAAUCGGGCCAGCUGGAUUUGUAACGGACACUGUUAGUCUGAGUGAAGUCAUCGCCAAUGAAGGAGUGGUGGCUGGUGUGGACGAUGGACCUAACCUUUAUGAGAACGUGAUGAUUAUGCAUUCCUAAUUUCAGAUGCAAUGACUGUGGUGCUCUGUCUCUUCUCACAAUUGAGUAUGUAGUUCGACUACUAAUGAAUGAGGAAUUUGGAAACUAGCCUACUCUACUGAGUUAACAGUCGAGUCUGACAUAAACUAGCAAUCUUUACAAUAUUGAGUAUACAAUUUUAUGAAUUACAAUAUGUAUAUGAUGGUUCUGUACAAUAUGUACUGUAUGUAACAAUAGGAUCAUGUUCAAAUCACCUUACCAAAAAGUUAUUGACACUGUAACUGCCAUGUGUGAAACAACUAUGCAAAUGAAAACCAAAAAAUGCUCCUGUGCACUUUGUUCACUUUGA